CGUAUUUAAGCGCGAGCAGAAGGGAAGAGCUUCCUGUCAGACACACACGAUACACGAACGUUCUCAGGCGCUUUUAAAAACAUAUUCUCCUUUCAUAUAAUGGGGUUUAUCUUUAUAAUGAUUUCGUAGCGCCAUUUUGGUUUCGAUUUGUGGAUCGAGGUGGAAUUACAUUUUCGCCUUGGCUAACUGGCUAAUGCUAGCGAGCUGCCUGUCAGUUGAGAAAAGCAGAAUGCGGAAGAAGUGACGUGUUGGAUGACGAGAGAGGAAGUGCUGGAGAGCACAUUUCUGGUCUGAAAGCAGGUUUGUUAGUGGAAACAGAGGAAUGGAUGGUGAUAAAGGAGCAACUUCUGAAAGGAUUCUUCUGGAGCCGUACAAGUACUUGUUACAAUUGCCGGGAAAACAAGUCCGGUCAAAACUUUCUCAAGCGUUCAACCAUUGGCUCAAUGUCCCAGAGGAUAAACUUCAGGUCAUCAUCGAGGUGACCGAAAUGCUUCACAAUGCCAGUCUGUUGAUCGAUGACAUUGAAGACAGCUCCAAGCUGCGCCGCGGUUUCCCCGUCGCUCACAGCAUCUACGGCAUCCCGUCCGUCAUCAACUCCGCCAACUACGUCUACUUCCUGGGUCUGGAGAAGGUGCUUACGCUGGACCACCCAGAAGCCGUGCGCGUCUUCACCCGUCAGCUGCUGGAGCUGCACCGCGGUCAGGGGCUGGACAUCCACUGGCGUGACACCUACACCUGUCCGAGCGAGGCCGAGUACCGUGUCAUGGUGCUGCAGAAAACCGGCGGUUUGUUCGGCCUGGCCGCAGGACUCAUGCAGCUCUUCUCUGAUUGGAAGCAGGAUCUGAAACCUCUGCUGGACACCCUGGGCCUUUUCUUCCAGAUACGAGACGACUACGCCAACCUGAACUCACGAGAGUACAGCGCCAACAAAAGUUUCUGCGAAGACCUGACUGAGGGCAAGUUCUCCUUCCCCACUAUACACGCCAUCUGGUCACGUCCCGAGAGCACGCAGGUGCAGAACAUUUUGCGUCAGCGCACAGAGAACAUGGAUAUCAAGCGCUACUGCGUGGACUACCUGGAGAAGGUGGGAUCUUUCGCGUACACCCGGCAGACCCUCAUGGAUCUGGAAGCGGACGCGUACCGGCUGAUCGCGCAGCUGGGAGGAAAUCCUGAACUCGAGGCGGUGGUGGAGCAUCUGAGUCACAUGUACAAAGAACCCGAAGAGAGAGGUUCAGAGGCCAGAGGUGGACCAUCAGAAGCCUAGACGUGACCCCUGUACACAAUCUAAGGGUUCUUAAACCUUGACUUUUUUUGUACGAGUUAGUGUUUGUGUUUUGUUCAUUUGCCCAAUUCAGCAAUUUAUUAGAUGAGAACAUGAAUGACAGUCUUUGGCCUGAAAUCAAUUCCCUCUUUUUCUCUAAUAAACUUGUGUAAUCUUAUCGUUUGAGGCUUCAUGUUAUUAAAAUGGUAUAAAACCUGACGAAUGGAGUGAAACAGGAACGUUGCUGCCAGUUAGAUAAAAAUAUUUGGCUUAAGGUAUUUGUUACUAUUAUGAAUAUCAUCUGUCAAACGAACAGAAGUUUGAAUAAAAGAUUCAACUUUUUCUACAAAUUUACAGUAUAAGUUACAUUUGGGUUCAUGCAUUUAAUAAAAUUUGCCCAAAAUGCAUUUCAUACAUUGCAUCCCCAAACCAAAAGUAAUUUAUCAAAAACAGUUCUUUUCUCUUUAGACAGGCUACAUUUUCUAUAUGUUAAAGAGCAUACAUGCACUUCUCCUCGUAAUUUGGUGUGAAAUGUUGCCUGGUUAUGUUUUCAUUAGAUUUGUGUCUCAAAAUGUUAUGGUCUGCCUUUUUUGAGUGCCGUGUUAAAACAGUACUUUGAGCAGGAAGUUGCUGAAGAUGAUUUUUCAUAGUACUGUAAAGAGGCCUUACAUUCAUAUCAGUGGAUUCACAUUAGUAAGAGCGAGUGAUGUGUGAAGAAGUUUGAACACUCCUGAAAAACAUGUCUUUUUUACAUUUCACCAUUUUAAUAGUUGCAGCUGAUGUUUUUGACUGUAUCUCUCAAUGUGUAUGACUGUAUUUAUCUUUCACUUAAAAUUCUGAAAAUAAAGUGAAUUGGCAUGAAAGUUAAAAACA